UCCCGUCUGACACACCGUAGGCCACUUGAAGACCGUGGAAUCAGCAGAACAUUUUUAUAUUUCUGUCAUUACAGUAGCUCUACUCAGCGGAAUUGACUUUAGGAAAGCAGUCGAAAAUGCCUUCAAUAAAAGAGUUUAACUUGAGUUACGAUAUAAUUAAUGAACAUGAUACAUUUUCUGAAGGCGACUGUAUAUCUGGAAGAAUUACGUUGGAGUUAAUAAAGGAAACCAAAGUGGAAAACCUUUUCAUCAAAGUUAAAGGGGACGCUAAUGUCAAUUGGACUGUUGACAGUGAUGACAACACUUACUCUGCUCACAACAGAUAUUUUAAACUGAAGAAAUUAAUGAUUAAUGAAAAUCCUCAAGGCAACAUACUCCCCCCUGGUAUCCAUAUCUAUCCAUUUAGCUUCCAAAUUCCUGAAGGAAGCAUGCCAUCAUCCUUCAAAGGUCCACAUGGCAAGAUAGUGUACAAACUGGAAGCCAAGCUGGUUAGGGGUUGGCUAAAGACACGCGACUUGGUGAAGGAAAUCACGUUUGUCUCCAAGGCUGACUUGAACCAUGUCCUACUAAUGUCUCCUCAGCAUGGUGUGAAGGACAAGUCAAUGGGCUGUCUUACCUCAGGACAUGUCAUCAUGGAUGUCCAUGUUGAAAGGAUGGGUUACAUGGCAGGUGAGAUGGUGAAUAUCUGUGCAAACAUCGACAACAACUCCUCCCGUGACCUUAAGCCCAAAUUCAGUCUGAAGCAGAAAAUUACUUUCAUGGCUUCUGACUGCACAAAGAUAGAAGAAGAAACCGUCUGCAAAGUGGUCAUGGGGCCAAUCCCUUCCAAAACCCGACAAAGUGUUGCAGGGACAUUGAAGAUACCUGCUGACCAGGACUUGUCCAUCCUGAACUGUAAUAUCAUAACAGUAGAGUACAUACUAAAGGUAUACUUGGACGUUCCUCUUGCCAAAGACCCUGAAAUCAAGUUUCCAUUGGUUAUUAUCCCUUCCAGCUUUCGGUCUGACCUAUCACCAGGUAGUCCUGUCCUCGGGUUUGAAGAAUUCGGGAAAGGUGGUCCAAGCAACAGUGACUUCCCUUGUGAUACAGCCUUUCGACCAUAUCCUCCUGUCUCGGGUCCAGGGGGAGGCCUAUAUCCACCUGUCCUGCCAGUGUACCCUGAACCUGCAGCCGUGGGAGGAAGUUAUCCCCCUGACCCACAGCCAACAUACCCAUACCCAACUCACUUGAUGAUGCAUCUACCUCCAACUGCUCCAACUGCUCCACCAUUUCACACACCACCGACUGCCCCGAUGAUGCUUUCACACCCCUCUCCUCAAGAGAUAGACCAACCCCCAUCGUAUUGUUCCCUCUUUCCUCCAUCAGCACCUGAAACAUCACCCUGAUACACCAUAAACACUCAUCUUUGACAGAAGUUUCACAGCUGAUUCACUCCCAGUGUCAUGUUUGCACAUGUAACAGUUUAGCUUCCGUCCCUCACCUGACACCCACGAAGCAUCGUGACCCAUCGCGCCACAAAAGCCUUGCAGAGCAAGGGGUACAACUCCUUCAGGUCUCAGAGCGAGUGACGUCACUCAGUUUUUUACUGUAAUAUACACCUGCUUUUGAGUUCUGUCUUCCAGGAUUUGUGUCUGAUACAACAUUUUAAAAACUAUAUAAUGUAAUGCUCAGAUCACUCAUAUGGUGCCUUCUUGACUGCCUUUAUGAAUUAGUGUUUUUGACUCCAGGUUUGCCACCACAGCAAAAAAUAAAUAAAAGGAGAGCAGCACACUC